GCGUGAAAUAUUAACCUAAAGCACCUACGGGCGACAUAUGGAUUUAUGUUAUAUGAUAUAUAUGAUACUCGGAGUAACGUUUGGUAGUGUGCGACGUAGUGCGGUGUGGCGAGAGAAAAAGAGUUGGACGACGUAAGAGUGAGAGAGAGAGAAACAAAUUGUGUCAAGUUACUAAGCGCUGUCAUUUGUGGCGGUGCUUCGUUAUACAUUGUUAGCCGCUGCAUAUCGGUGUUUUCAAGUCUAGAAGUGAACCUUACGGAAACAGAUAUUUAAUUGAAAGUGUAAUUGAAAUGGCGGACACAACUGUAGACGCAACGCGGCGAUUAAAUGUAAAAAAACAAACACUAGACGACGCAUACGCGGCGCCAGCUAAUUUCCUUGAAAUCGAUGUGAUUAAUCCGAUCACACACGGCGUCGGCAAGAAACGAUAUACCGAUUACGAAGUUCGUAUGAGGACAAAUUUGCCAGUCUUUAAAGUAAAGGACUCGACAGUCAGAAGACGAUACAGCGAUUUUGAAUGGUUGAGGAAUGAAUUGGAAAGAGAUAGUAAGAUCGUGGUACCACCUUUACCAGGGAAAGCAUGGAAACGUCAAAUGCCUUUUCGUGGAGAUGAUGGAAUAUUUGAAGAAGAUUUUAUUGAAGAUCGAAGAAAAGGCUUGGAAGUUUUUGUUAACAAAAUAGCUGGACACCCUUUGGCACAGAACGAAAGAUGUUUACAUAUGUUUCUGCAGGAACCGGUAAUAGAUAAGAACUAUGUACCUGGAAAAAUACGUAAUACAUAAGUCGUCAUAAAAAAAAAGCAUCGCAAAUAUCUUUUCCACUAAGCUAUCAUAUUCGAAAUUUCGCGGUUUCAUUAUAUUGACAUCUUAUUUGAAAAUCACAAAUAUUCUAUUUUCUUGCAAAAGUUAAGUAAACUUGUAGAUAUCAGGGUCAGAUCGGAACGCUUAUUUGGAAAUCCAUUUCUAGCUUACUCUAAAUAUCGUUACUCAAAAAAUAUAAUUAAGUAUCUUUAUAAGGAAACAAAUAAAUGGUAAAUUGGCAAAAUCAUUCAUGUUAUUAGGUUGAUU